CAUGUCUCAUCAAGCUUCAAAAACCUCUGGAGGUGCUGGGAAAAUAGAGGAAGGGGUUCUUAGUGUAACUUCACCACAAAGGUUUAUGCCCCCUUUCUCGCAUGAGCCAAAUGAUUGGACUGAGAAAAGAGUAGAUCAUGUAUCUAUGACCGGAAUGAAUUUUAACCCUUUCUCUUCAUUACCUUUUGAUCCGAAAGAGGAGUUCCUAGAACAAAAUAAACUAGAAUUUUCCGAUGGCGGUGAAAAACGCUACGAUCAAAUUCCGGGGAGAAAGUCCAUACUAAAGUCAGAAGGAUCCAGGUCAACAAAUAGCAAUGUUGCAUUUGCUCCUAAUUUUAGUAGAUUAGAUUUUGGAGGAGGUGGAGGAGGUGGAAGCUUACCGCCUAUGAAUGUUAUAAAAAAAGCUCAUCAAGAUGAUGAAAAAGGUAAAAAAUCUCUGGAGAGUAAUAACGCAUUUUCGCCAUCAACAACAGCAAAGCCAAGAGCUUCAAUUGUAACCUUAGAUAUGCAGGAUUUACAUCCAGUAAAGUCCUCUUUGAUAGCUAUAGUCGACCUACAUUCAAUAAGUAGUAGGUUUGCCGGUUGGCCCAGGUCUAGUUUAUAUAGUGCAAGACAUAGCAGAGUUUCGAGACCAAGCUACGGAGACGACGCUCUGAAAAUUGAUCCUUUAGACGAAUUGAUCGAAUGGAGGAAAACAAGAGAUGAAAAAUUGAAAGAAUUAAGUACCAAAGAACAACAGAUCAAUAACAGUUUAACAGGUAAAUCGGAAAAUAAGAAAAAGUACGAAUUUUCAAGUAUAAAGCAUUCCUUAAUCCCAGAAAGAACUGGUUUCCGAAGGUUAAAUAACCAAUAA